UUUUUUGUUUUGUUUCGCUUUGGGGUAUUUUGCUCGGCCGUGCUCUGGGCACCAUGUCAAACUCGGGCUCCCAUCAAGACGCUGGGAACAAGCCAGAGACGGAAAAAACUAACCAAGAUGACUCUCAGCCCCCUGUCAACUCCGAGAGGAGGAACAAAAGUGGGAUCAUAAGUGAACCUUUGAACAAAAGUCUUAAGAAGUCCCGGCCGCUCUCCCACUACUCCACCUUUGGCAGCAGCAGCUCGGGGAGCGAACAUUCGGAGAAGGGCAACCCCUUAGUGAACGGCGGCGAGGCGGCCGUGGAUAAAAGUCACUCUACCUCAAAGCACAAAAGCCUCUCCAGCAUGCUGAGCAAACUGGAGCGGGUGUCGGAGAUCUCCUCGGAAGGACAGCUCGCCCUCCAGCAGUUCGCUCAGUCGACAGAGAUGCUCAAACGCGUGGUGCAGGAGCAUCUCCCCCUAGCCAGCGAGCACGGGACUGGGCUCUCCGACAUGGAGGCGGUGUCGGCCGCAGAGACAAUGAACGGCCCCUCCGAUUUCCCUUACCUGGGGGCUUUUCCCAUCAACCCAGGCCUUUUCAUCAUGACCCCUGCCGGCGUCUUUCUGGCAGAGAGCGCUCUCCAUAUGGCCGGCUUGGCAGAGUACCCCAUGCAGAACGAGUUGGCAUCUGCCAUCAACUCGGGGAAAAAGAAACGGAAAAGAUGCGGCAUGUGCCCGCCCUGCCGCCGCCGGAUAAACUGCGAGCAGUGCAGCAGUUGUAGGAACCGCAAAACUGGCCACCAGAUUUGCAAAUUCAGGAAAUGUGAAGAACUCAAAAAGAAGCCUUCCGCAGCACUGGAGAAGGUGAUGCUUCCUACAGGAGCCGCGUUCAGAUGGUUCCAGUAGGAACGGGAAUCCCAAAGCUCUGUCAUCCAAGUGCAAUGUCACUGCUUGCUUGUGUUGUCUCAGGCAAGGGAUUUUUUUUUGGCUGAAAAUGAAUGGAUGCACCUGUGUCUCUUUAGAACCAAAAAUAUUUCUCAUUCCUCC